AACAAAACGCAAUUGACAUUUUAGUUUUUUAUUGACAUUUUGGUUGGCGUUGGCGUGUUGGGGAAGCUUUCGUCGGAUUUCGGCUUAGAAGAGGCAGAAAUCUAUUUAUUUUUGUGCUUGGGCCACAUCCUAAAAUUUCGGUGAAUUGAAAUAAGUUCAGAACUCUUUGUUUGAUGUGAACGCUAAAGGAUAUUGUACCUAUUCGGCCUGAAUUCGAAGAAAAUGAGCACUCCAAAAAAUAAUGGGCCUUUGAUAGACCCUGCUUUGUGUCGGUGCUGUAGGGCUAUAAAGAAAUGUAGGAUUCUCACUGCUGAGUACACUUGGAUGGAAAAGAAAGAAGUUUACGCGGACAUGGUGAUGGACUGUUUCGGUAUUUUGUUAUCGCAUGUGGACGACAAUGAGCGGGACAGCGGUGUUUGCGCCACGUGCGUGGUACGCUUACGAGACGCAUGCGCCUUCCGACAGCAGGUGCUGCAGUGCGAAGAACUGUUCCUACACGCCAAGCUGUCUGACAAAGAUCCCGAAGAAGAAAUCAAGAAAUCCUUGGACAUUGAGCCGAAGCCGGAACCCAAAGAUGAUCUGAGCGACCACCAGUCCAUCGGGGGCAUGGACCACGACGACGGUCUGUCUCUUGACUACCCACCAGACGACAGCCAUGACAUGGCAGCCCCAGUGAAAGAAGAAUCAAAAGAUAACCAGCUAGUCCAAAAGCCCAUUGACACGGAACACAAACCUUCAGAAGAGAGCGCAGAAGAGUCAUACGCUUCGUCAUCGGAUUCCGACAAACCGAUCAAGAGGAAGAGAACUAAAAAGAAGUCGAAGAGCAACGGGUCUGUGUCGAAGAAGACGAAAACGAAGAAACAGAAAGCAGGGUCUUCCAAAAAAGCUGCCAAAGUCAAAAAACCACCAGUAGAAAAGAAAAUUAAUUACGACAGAGACUUAGACUGUAUGUCCGAGGAGAAUUUGCUCACCAUCAUCCAGUACUCGUACGUUGUGCCUUUCAAGAAUCGCAGAAACAAUUAUUACUGCUUCUACUGCAAAGACUACUAUCCCAAGCCUGAAGAUUUGCGAGAACACACAGUCACUCACGACACGAAGCCGUUUCAACUCCUGAUGGGUUAUCGAAAAAUGCCCAAAAUCGACAUCACAAGAAUAGAUUGCAGAUUGUGUUCAACAAAAAUCGAGGAUAUAAACAUUUUCAAACAACACAUAGAUCAAGUGCACGGGAAAAAGAUAUUCUUCGAAGCACCAGACAAAAUGCUCCUCUUCAAACUCACUUGGAACGAUCUAGUCUGUGUUAUGUGCAACGAUGUGUUUGAAGACUUCAACACAUUGAACACUCAUAUGGUAGGACAUUUCAGCAAUUACACAUGCGAUGUGUGCGGCUUAUGUUUCUUGGAGAAACCUCGUUUAGACGCGCAUUUGAAACGGCACAAGGACGACGAGAGACAUACGUGUGAAGUGUGCGGCAAAGUGUUCAAAUCCAACCAUUAUAAAGACAUGCACGUGGAUAUAAUUCAUAAGAAGAAAGCUAUAAUAAGGUGUCCUAGGUGCGACGAGUGUUUCAUGUCUUACGCUUUGAAGAACAAACAUUUGACGGAGGCUCACGGACAGAACAGGACGUACCCUUGCAAUUUGUGCGACAAAGUCUACAAUAGACAGAAGACUUUGACGGAACACCAGCGGAGGAAUCAUCAGAAGGUGUUGAAACAUCAAUGUAAGUAUUGCGAUCAAAGAUUUUAUCUACCCUCCAGGUUGAAAGAACAUAUGGCAACGCAUACGGGUGAGAGAAACUUUAGAUGUGAAUACUGCGAGAAGUCUUAUCCUAGGUUAAAGUCUUUGCAAUAUCAUAUUAGGACCCACACUAAUGAUAGAAGGUAUAGGUGCCAUAUAUGCGGUCAGGCUUUCAUACAGAACGCUAGUCUGAAGUCUCAUAUUAAGAGUCACCAUCCAGAGUGUGAUAUCGAUGGGUGUUAUUUUUAGUUAGGUGAUUUUCGGAUUUCUAGUUUUGUUUCUAAUAAUGUAAAUUAAGACGGAGCUGUGUUAAGCAGAAAGCGACUAGCGGGCAUUUUUGAAGCUAGCGGAAAGCUAGUUCGGUGGCUUCACGAUCAAAAGGUCUAAGUACUAAAACGGCUAACGAAUAGAAAGCCUUUAGCAAGAUGUCCAACUCUCAGAUGGUCUGUAUAGCAGAACGUCUGUUUAUUAUUUUGAUUUUUUGGGGCUAUGCAGUUCUAAUGGGACUGUCGUCACUGCGACCUAUAAGAUCUAUUGUGCCUCGCCACCAAGUUAAAGUAUCUCUUUUAGCCGGACAGCUUCCAAGAAACUUAAAAUGUUUCUAGCUUUUAGAGAUUUGAUCUCCUCUGGGUAUUAUCUCUCUCUCUCUCUUUCAGCCUCUCUCAACCCUUUGGCUGUAGGCCUCCUUCAAAUUACGCCACCCGUCACGAUCUUGUGCGUCUUGAAGCCAAUGUUUCCCUGCUGUUCUUUUAUUGUCUUCGUCCCAACGCAUCUAAGGUCUUCCUGGAGGACGUUUUUGACACCAAGGUCGCCACUCAAGGAGCCGCUUGGUCCACGAAUCUGUCUUGCGUGCCGUAUGACCCGCCCAUUCCCAUUUCAGUCUGGUUACGCGGUCGAUAACAUGAGUGACCUUGCUCUGUUGUCUCAGCCAUUCAUUUGUCUUACUGCCCCUCAAUGUGACUCCGACCAGUUUCCUCUCCAGUGCCCGCUGGGUCACACUCAACUUAUGUAGUAUCUCCUUAGUGAAAACCCAGGUUUCAGCACCAUAAGUGAGAACUGACAGAAUACAUUGGUCAAAUAUGCGCUUUCUGUUCGGCCUUGAGAUUCAUUUUGAAGGCAAACUCGAGACAGGAAUAGACUGCCCAGGCUAGGUAUUAUAUGUCGUCCCAAAUGAAAUCUACGUUUGUGAAUGAGAGAGAGGCCCACAUUCGCAUAGAAGGAGAUGUUUUGAUAUUUCACGCUCCUGAUUGCAGUAUCUGCAAACAUCAGUGUCACUCAAUUUCAUAUGAAAUUGGUGUCUGUUGAGUUUGCAGUGUCCAGUUAAGGCUCUUACGAUAGCACGGAUAUUCGGCCUGCUACGUUAUAUUAACUCAACAGUCUGUUUUUUUCGAGUAACCCUCUGUAAGUGAUUUAGCGUGCUCUAAUCCUGGUUGGUUUUUAAGUAUGAUUGUGAAAGCAAAAAGCGGUCAUUGGUAAUUUUUGGCAUAAGAGAGGUCUAUGUUAGGCGGGCAAGGUAUUUUCCAUACAAACGUUCUAGAAGGAUUCCUCCAUGACUUUUUUCACUAAAGAAAUGAUUUUCAUACAUAAGAUAUAAUCAUUCCAACAGAUUUUCUAUAUUAAAUAAAUCAUAAUUGUAUUGACGUUGUAACAACAAAAUGAUUUGUAAAUAUUGUUACAUUAGACUUUUGUGGAGUUUUUUUCGCUUGUUUUUCUCCGCAGCUAAAAACGAGUGGUAGGGAAAAAAGAUUUUGGACGAUCCAAAGAGUUGUACUAUAACAUCCAAUUUGAAUAAAGAUAGAUAUAUUGAUUUCAGAUUUCUGAUUUCUGAUUUUUUUUUUUAUCUACACUAAAGACUGCUAGUUUGGAGCUUCAAUAAGCAUUUACAAAAAAGCAAAAAUAUAGCGGCAUAGUAUAACUACUCAUUAUUCUAUGGAUAGAAUUGCUUUUAACAUAAUAAUAUAUUUAAUUUGCAAAGAUCAAAUCGUCGAGAGCCAAAACUCCAAUGUCGCAUUUUUUUUAUACGCACGUCUUCUUCUGCGGGGAAACUGAUC